UGCAGCAUUUCACUUCAUUACGUUUUUAACCAACGACGCGUACGGUUGAUACGAAAUACUAGUAGCGCUCGCAAUUCGAAAAUGUUAAGCAGUAAUUUCGUGCAAACAUGAAAUUGACUUGACGUGAGUGCGUGUGACGAAGUGAAGUGUGUAAAAUAUUUGGCAAGAAAACAACAAAAAUUCUAUCACAAUAGAGAAGCCAAUAGAAAAUACUGAAGCCAAAAUUCUAAGCUUGUGUGUGAAAGAAAUUGUGUACUUUAAUGUUGAAACGACUGAGAAAAAUAAAAAUUUUAUAAAAAAAUUAAAAUCUCAAAACUUGUGAAACUUUGUGUGAAAUUUAGUGCAAUCACUAACUUUGAAAGUUCGAAAAAAACUUGUUUGAAAAACUUCUAAAAAACAAAAUCCUCUUGCAACACCCGAAAAUGGUCCGCAGUCUGGCACAGUGGACGAAAACCCUAAGUUUUCCUUCACGCCUCUCACCCAAUCGCAAUUCGAAAGAUUGUAGCAACUUGAACGCCACUAGUCCAGCACCACCACCCACACCGCCCAGGAAUAAAACCACAAACAACAACAACAACAAUAAUAAUUGUUCAACAUCACGUUCCUCAACGUCAACAGUGUCAUCAUCACACUCAAAUUCUACAGCAGCACCAUCACCCACAACCAUGGGCAACAACAGUGCCAACAGCAAUUACAAUGGCAAUAAUAACAACAAACAUAAUUUGCCCAUCACGGAAUUAGAGCAGAUUAUUUACCCCGGUCCCGAUCCCAAACAAGCCAUCAUGGGCUCACUCGUCUUCUGUAUACAUCACAAACAGGGCUGUAAAUGGUCCGAUGAGCUGAGAAAACUAAAGGGUCACUUGAACGUUUGCAAACACGAUGCCACACAGUGUCCGAACAAGUGCGGCGCACAAAUACCACGCAUCAUGAUGACCGAUCACCUGCAGUUCACCUGCAACAUGCGACGCACCAAAUGCGAAUUCUGUCAGAGCGAAUUCUCUGGCGCUGGUCUUGAGGAGCAUGCCGGCACCUGCGGUCAGGAGCCGAUUUACUGCGAAGCUAAGUGCGGUCAACGUGUGCUACGCGGACGCAUGACACUACACAAGUCAAAGGAUUGUGCCAAACGUCUGCGUCGUUGCGCACAUUGUACGCGUGAAUUCUCGUGCGACACACUGCCACUGCAUGUGGCACAAUGCCCACGCGCACCGAUGACCUGUCCGCAACGCUGCGAUGCCGGUGCCAUUGCACGCGGCGAUAUGGAGACGCAUUUGCGCGACGAAUGCAAAGCGCUGGCGAUCGCUUGCAGUUUCAAGGAGGCCGGCUGUCGCUUCAAAGGACCACGACAUAUGCUUGAAGCGCAUUUGGAAGCAAAUGCCGCGUCACAUUUGUCAUUAAUGGUGGCGCUGUCGUCACGUCAGGGCCAACAGAUACAAAUGUUAAAGACGGCCGUCUCCAAGUUGUCCAUUAAUUAUACCGGUACGUUGUUGUGGAAGAUCACCGAUUGGUCGUCGAAAAUGACAGAGGCGCGCAGUAAAGAUGGACUGGAAUUGGUAUCGCCACCAUUCUACACAUCACAGUAUGGUUACAAAUUGCAAGCUUCAAUGUUUCUCAAUGGCAAUGGUCCCGGUGAGAAUACACAUGUUUCCGUUUAUAUUAAAGUGCUGCCGGGCGAGUAUGAUGCAUUGUUGAAGUGGCCAUUCGCGCACUCGAUCACAUUCACACUCUUCGAACAGGGCGCGCAAACAGGACAGGGUGGUGUCGCCGAGUCUUUCGUGCCGGAUCCAACAUGGGAGAAUUUCCAGCGGCCAUCAAAUGAACCAGAUCAAUUGGGUUUCGGAUUUCCACGUUUCAUCUCGCAUGAAAUGCUACACAGACGUCCUUUCAUUAAGGAGGAUACGGUAUUUUUACGUGUAAAGGUGGACCCCAGUAAAAUUGUGUCGGUCUAAAGUCCCUUGAAACUUGCUGGUGUGUCUCGGUUACACACACUAACGCUUAGUGGAAUACGUUUUUAUGUGUUUUUUAAUUAACAUUUAAAUGAAUACUGUGUAUUUAAUAAUAGUUAGAGUAGUUAUGUAAGUGAGUGUAAAAGACAAGCAACAAAGUGUGUCGUCUCAAGUAAUCCCAAGACACCAUGAAAACAAAUUGACAGUCACUGCAGCUUCGCGUGCGUAGACCAUGUAGCUACACUACGCGCAAGCAAAAGCAACAACAAUGACAAAAUGCAAAAGCAAAUUUGUGAAAACAAUAACAAAAGUGAAAGGAAAAAAUCUUACGGUGCGGUGAAGAUUUUAAUUUCUUAAAGUGGACAAGCACAAGUCAGUUUUCUUUUACAAACAUAAUUUAAAACAUAUUUAAGUAAU